GCUCGGGAUGGGAUGGGGCGGCGGCGAGUGGGAGGAGAAGGUGGGGCCGUGCCAAAAACGCUGAUUUUUGGGGAAAGAACGGGAGAUUUAUGAUCCGUAUUGCGGCACCCGGCUCGGCUGCUCUGCUGGGAAAGGGAAGGGGUGAAAAGCCCCGGAGCCAGGCGGGGGAGAUAAAAAAUAAUUCUCAAAAAAAGAGUUGGAGAGUUUGGGGAGCUGGGGUUUGCACCAAAAAAAAGUGAAGGCCAAGGGGGAUUUCCUGUUUUUGUACUAAAGAAUGUUCGGAAAUUCGGGGUCAGUUGGGGAUUUUGGGGAGAUGUGGAAGGGGGGGCACCCACGGGCACAGGGACGUGCAGAUAGACAGACAGACAGACAGAGCCCGGCCUGUGGCGGGAUGUCCAGCUCUGCUUGGCAGGCAGAAGGAUAUGAGUGGACAGGCUGGAUGGCCGGACAGACGGACAGCAUGGGUGGCAGAGACCAAAUGGCCGGACAGAUGGACAGCUGAGGUGGCAGAGGACAGAUUGCUGGACAGACAGAAAGUCAGGUUGACAGGGGCCGGACAGACAGACAGACAGACAGGGUGGCAGAGGCUGGGCAGACAGAUAGCAGGGGUGUUAGAGGCCAGAUGGCUGGACAGACGGACAGCAGGGGCGGCCAGACGGACAGGUGUGGUGGCAGAGGCCGGAUUGCUGGACAGACAGCCAGCCAGCCGGGGUGGCAGAGGCUGGACACACAGCCGGCCGGGGAGGCAGAGCCGGACAGACAGACAGACACACCGCCAGCCGGGGAGGCAGCGACCACAGAACCAGCCAGCCACGGGAGCCGCCGCCUGCCGAGCCACACCCGGGGGCGGGGAAGCGAAAACACAUUAAAAAAAAAAAAAAAAAAAAAAAAAAAAGGGAAAAGAAAGAAGGAAAGCAAACAAACACCGAGGCAGCGAAGAGCAGCGAACUCCGGCCCCCGGCAGCGCCGAGCCAAAGGUCGCCGGGCGAACCUUGGCCACCGCAGCGGCCAUGGCGGUGCUGGCGGCCCUGGCGGCCGCGGCGGCCGGGCUGCUGCUGGCCUUGCUGCUGCUGCCGCAGCUGGCCCCUUUCCUGUGGCAGGACCUGGCCUUCUUCGCCACCAUGGCGCGGUCGUCGCUGCGCUGCCGCCGGCGCCUGGCCGGCCGUCCGGCCGUCACCCUGCUGGACGUGUUCGGCCAACACGCCCGGCGCAGGCCGCGCCACGCGCUGCUGCGCUUCCAGGAGCAGCUUUACACCUUCGAGGACAUGGACAGGGCCAGCAACCGCGCGGCCUGGGCGCUGUGGCGGCGGCUGGGCCUGCGGGCCGGCAGCACGGUGGCCGUGCUCCUGCCCAACCAGCCGGCCUACGUGUGGACGUGGCUGGCGCUGGCCAAGCUGGGCUGCGCCAUGGCCUGCCUCAACUGCAACGUGCGCGGCCGGGCCCUGCGGCACGCGCUGGACGCCGCGCAGGCCACGCUGCUGCUGGCCGGCCCUGAGCUGCGCGAGGCCGUGGAGGAGGUGCUGCCCGACCUGCGGCGCGACGGGAUCCGCGUCUUCUACCUGAGCGCGGCGUCGCCCACGCCGGGCGUGGAGGCGCUGCUGGGCGCCAUCGAGGCGGCGCCCGACGAGCCCCUGCCCGCCCGGCACCGCGCCGGCGUCACCGGCGACUCCAAGGCCAUGUACAUCUACACCUCCGGCACCACCGGGCUGCCCAAGGCCGCGGUGAUCACCGAGCUGAAGCUGAUGAUGGUGGCCAGCCUGGCGCGGAUCUGCGGCGUGCGGGACAGCGACGUCGUCUACACCACGCUGCCGCUGUACCACUCAGCCGGGCUGCUGGUCGGGGUGGGGGGCUGCCUGGACGUGGGUGCCACCUGUGUCCUGCGCUCCAAAUUCUCGGCCUCCCAGUUCUGGGCCGACUGCCGGCGCUACAACGUCACCGUCAUCCAGUACGUGGGCGAGCUCAUGCGCUACCUGUGCAACACGCCCCAGCGCCCCGAUGACCGCGAGCACGGCGUGCGCAUGGCGCUGGGCAACGGCAUGAGGGCCGAGGUGUGGAAGGAGUUCCUGCGGCGCUUCGGGCCCGUGGCCGUCUGCGAGUUCUACGGCGCCACCGAGGGCAACGCCGGCUUCAUCAACUACACCGGCAAGGUGGGCUCCGUGGGCCGCGCCAACAGGUUCAUCCAGCUCUUCGCUCCCUUCGAGCUGAUCCGCUACAACGUGGAGCAGGACGAGCCUGUGCGCGACGAGCGGGGGCUCUGCAUCCCCGUCCCACCUGGCGAGACGGGGCUGCUGGUGGUGAAGAUCACCAAGAACACGCCGUUCCACGGCUACGCCGGCGACGCGCAGAAGACGGAGAAGAAAAUCCUGAGGGACGUCCUGGCCAAAGGCGACGCCUACUUCAACAGCGGGGACCUGCUCAUGAUGGACAGCCAGAGGUUCAUGUACUUCCAGGACCGCGUCGGCGACACUUUCCGCUGGAAAGGGGAGAACGUGGCCACGACCGAGGUGGAGGCCACGCUGGCCCUGGUGAGCUUCAUCCAGGAGGUCAAUGUCUACGGCGUGGCCGUGCCGGGGUGCGAGGGCCGCUGUGGCAUGGCCGCCGUGUGCCUCAAGGCCGGCGCCACCUUCGAUGGUGACAAACUCUACGCCUACACUCGGGACACGCUGCCCGCCUACGCCGCCCCCCGCUUCAUCCGCAUCCAGGACUCCCUGGAGAUCACGGGCACCUUCAAGCAGUGCAAGAACAACCUGGUCAAGGAGGGCUUUGACCCCGGCGCCGUGCGGGACCGGCUGUUCUUCCGCGACGACGCACGCUGCUCCUACGUGCCCCUGACCCCCCAGAUCUUCGCCGCCAUCCGCGACAUGAAGCUCAGCCUCUAGCGGCUCUCUGGGGGUAAUUGGGGUUAAUUUGGGGCUAAUCAGGCACUUUGGGGUUCUUCUGAACCAUGCUGGAGCAAGAGGAGGGCCGUGGGUCGGUGCGACCCCGCGCCGGCGCCUCCGUGCUGUGGAAAUUAAAUUAAACCUGAAAUUCC